AUGAGCACCUUGAACGCAAUUGAUUCUGUCACCGGUGCCCGGGAAAGAAUUGGCGACCUUCUCCGUGACGGGAUCCACCACGUUACAUACCAGAUCCUUGAUAUCCUCGGUUACGGCACCUAUGGCUCAAUCUACCUCGCCAAAACCAUCCCUACUGUCCCCGGUAUGCUCCCUGAAUACAAGGCCAUCAAGUGCCUGUCCAAGAAGGGCCUCACCCAGUCGCAGUUGCUUCUUCAACGUCAGGAGAUCGAUCUCCACCUCUCGCUCUCCUCACCCACGAAUGGCCAGCAUCCUCACAUCGUCGACAUGUCCUCGGUCAUCGAAACUAAGGACUCGCUGUACCUCGCCAUGGAGUACUGCUCAGGCGGCGACCUUUACGAUACCAUCACCUCCCAGCACUCUGCCGCCCGCGACUCUGGCGUCGAUUUCGCUCCCAUGGCCCACCUCCCCGGCCGCUGCCUCGAUGUCCACUCCGACAGCUCUGUGGUCGACGCGAUGACCCAGAUCAUCUCCGCCUUGGUCCACUCUCACAGCCAUCAGGUCUUCCACCGCGAUCUCAAGCCCGAGAACGUCUUGGUCGCCAGCGAUGGAUCGCUUAAGCUCGCCGACUUUGGUCUUGCCACCAAGGAGCGCGUCUCUAAUGACUUUGGCUGUGGAAGUUCAUUCUACAUGGCUCCAGAGCAACAGCCUACGCGCUCCUCGGUUGGCCGUCGCCCCUACUUGCCAGCAAAGUCUGAUGUGUGGUCACUCGGUAUCAUCUUUUUGAACCUUCGUUUCGGCCGCAACCCCUGGAAGCUUUCCCGAGUCGACAUGGACGCCACCUUUGCCGCCUACGCCCAGAACUCUGAUGUGCUGCGCGAGAUGUUCCCAGAGUUGUCCCCAAGUGCCCUUCACUUUUUGAAGCGCGUCCUCUGUGUCGAUCCCAACGACCGUGCCGACAGCUACGAGGCCCUGGAGCUCAUCCAACGUGUCCACACCAUUGUGGGCCAUGAACCAAGCGCCAACGACUUUGCUUCGAUGGAGGACUGCAAUGAGGAGCGCAUUGAUUCCGACUUGAUGUUGGAUGACUCUUCUAUUGGCUCUUCCCGGUCUUCUGCUCAGGGUUCGGCGUCAAGUUACUACGAGGUCGACGAAGAGGAGGACGAGAUUGACUCGAUGUUCCGGAUGGAGGACGAUUAUGGAGCUCGUCUGCCUGGACAUGACUCCGAAAGCAGGGCUCCAUCGUGCUCGUCCAGCUGGUCCGUGGCCUUCUCCCACCAGUCGGGCAAGUCUUGGUCGGAUAUGAUUGAAGAGGACGAGAUGGACUUUUCUCUGCCCGUCGAGUUUGAAGAAGCGGGCCCUGCCAGUCCAGUACCCUCUGAUGAUAUCAAGACGACCACCGAUGAGGACCUUUCAUCCGAUGAAGAUGUUGCCGCCAACAGUUCCACCAGUGGCGCCAGCGAGAACACUAAAAACAACAUUAACAACAGUAACAACAACAACAACAACAACAACAACAACAACAACAACAACAACAACAACAGCAACAGCAACCCCUCCACCACAACAAACAACAACAACCACCCUGAUGACUCCGAUGAUGAUUACACCACUUCCACCUUUAUCCACCCAUUCGCCUGCUAUGACCACCAACACUUCAACCAACACUUGCACCAGCAAUCAUCCCACCACUCGAGUAACGACUUCCGAGGACUCCCGCACCCGCCUUGGUUUUCGUCUGCAACGUGGAACCGCUCCGAGCUCGAUCAAGAGUUUGUCCAAGCCGGAUUUGCAAAGCUUUCGGAGCUAGCGUUUCCAGGCACGUCUCCUCAAGCCUUUUCAAAUUCCUCUCCUCCAGCCCAGGUUGUUCCGCUUGGGAUGUUUUCCUUUGAGGAUGAUGGACUCUUGACCAACCCACCAUAG